GCCCGCCCCACCGGGCCCAGCCAGGCCGGACCCGGCUGAAGGGCCGCGGGGCUGCCCGCCACGACGUUACCGGCCCCUCCCCGACACCGCGGGCCCCGCCAUGGAGCGGCGGGAUUUCUGGCGAGCCCUCGUCGCUGCUGGUUCUUCCUCCUCCUCCUCCUCCCGCCUCUGAGCCGCUCCUCUCCGUACCCCUCCCCCCCCCCCCCCAACCCUUCCCGGUGUGUCCGGGCCUGGCUCUGCGCUCCCCGGGCUGCUGGGUGACUCGGCGGCCUUCCCGCUCCCUCGGGACUUCUGGUUCAGCUCCCUCCCCGCCCGGCGGGCCGGUGGCGGCUGCCAGGAAAUGGUCCGGGCCUAGCGGAGCGGCGAACGGAGCAACAUGAACCGUGAGGAGCGGAAUGUGCUGCGUAUGAAAGAAAGGGAAAGGCGGAAUCAAGAGAUCCAGCAGGGUGAAGAAGCCUUUCCACCCAACUCCCCUCUCUUUGCUGAACCAUACAAAGUUACCAGCAAAGAAGACAAACUCUCUAGUCGUAUUCAGAGCAUGCUUGGUAAUUAUGAUGAAAUGAAGGAUCUCAUAGGAGACAGAUCACUACAGAAGCUCGUUGGCAUCCCCAAACCAACCGUACCCUCGACGCCAGAUGAAAAAUCGAACCAAAGUUUCUUUGGUGAUCAGAGACAUAACCCUGGCUCCCACCAGAGCAGCAAAUGGACUCCUGUAGGACCAGCACCCGGCACUUCCUCCCAGUCUCAGAAACGGGCCUCAGGCUUGCAGAGUGGGCACAGCAGCCAGCGUGGCAGUGGCACCACUGGUGGCAGUGGUGGCCAGAGGCACGACCGCGACUCCUACGGCGGUGGCAGCAGUCGUAAAAAAAGCCAACAUGGGUCAGAACACUCCAAAGCCCGUUCUUCCAGCCCUGGAAAACCACCUGGGGUUUCUUCCUUGACUUCCAGCCACUCGAGGUCUCAUGGAAAUGAUCACCACAGCAAAGAACAUCAGCGUUCCAAAUCUCCCCGGGAUCCCGAUGCCAACUGGGACUCUCCCUCCCGGGUCCCCUCCUUUUCAAGUGGACAACACUCUACCCAGUCUUUCCCACCUUCCCUCAUGUCCAAGUCCAGUUCAAUGCUCCAGAAACCCACUGCCUACGUGAGGCCAAUGGAUGGGCAGGAAUCCAUGGAACCAAAGUUAUCCUCUGAACACUACAGCAGUCAGACUCACAGCAGCGGUGUCAACGAGCUGAAGCCCAACAGCAAAGCACACCUAACCAAGCUGAAAAUCCCUUCUCAGCCCCUAGAUGCAUCAGCAUCUGGGGACGUGAGCUGUGUGGAUGAAAUUCUAAAAGAGAUGACCCAUUCUUGGCCUCCUCCUCUGACUGCUAUUCAUACACCAUGCAAAACUGAACCAUCCAAAUUCCCUUUUCCAACAAAGGAGUCUCAGCAGUCCAGUUUUGGCACUGGGGAGCAGAAACGAUACAAUCCUUCAGCAAAAACAUCCAAUGGUCACCAAUCCAAAUCAUGUGAACCGAACCAGACAGAUAUGUUGAAAGAUGACUUAAAACUCAGCAGUAGUGAAGACAGUGAUGGAGAGCAGGACUGUGAUAAGACGGUGCCAAGGAGCACACCUGGCAGUAAUUCUGAACCUUCCCAGCAUAACAGUGAAGGGGCAGAUAACUCGAGGGAUGACUCGAGCAGCCACAGUGGGUCCGAGAGCAGCUCGGGAUCUGACUCUGAAAGUGAAAGCAGUUCCAGUGACAGUGAAGCCAAUGAACCAUCCCAGAGUGCAUCCCCUGAGCCAGAGCCACCACCAACAAACAAGUGGCAACUGGACAACUGGUUGAACAAAGUGAAUUCCCACAAAGUCUCACCAGCUUCUUCCGUGGACAGCAAUAUCCCAUCUUCCCAAGGCUACAAAAAAGAGGGACGGGAUCAGGGGGCAGGGGGUGGGUACACAGAUCAGGGUGGAUCCAAGGAUUCCAUUUCUUCCACUCCGGGACGAGAUUCCAAACCCACCCAGAAGGGCUCAGAAAGCAGUCGGGGCAGGCAGAAAUCCCCUGCCCAGAGUGACAGCUCAACCCAGAGGAGGACUGUAGGUAAAAAGCAGCCCAAGAAAGCAGAGAAAACAUCUAUUGAGGAGCCCAGAGGGGGCCUGAAAAUCGAGAGUGAAACCCCAGUGGAUAUGGCCACAAGCAUUCCUUCCAACAGGCACAAGGCAGCCACAAAAGGCUCCAGAAAACCCAACAUAAAGAAAGAGCCCAAAUCUUCCCCUCGGCCGACGACGGAGAAAAAGAAAUACAAAGCUUCCAGCAAAUCUGCCCAGAAAUCCAGGGAAUUCAUAGAAACAGAUACCUCAUCCUCUGAUUCCGAUGAAAACGAGAGCCUGCCUCCCUCAUCACAAACACCCAAAUACUCUGAGAGCAAUAGGACUCCUGUGAAAUCUUUCAUGGAGGAGGAUGAAAGCUUUUUUCGGCAAAGAAUGUUCUCUCCUAUGGAAGAGAAAGAGCUUCUUUCCCCACUCAGUGAUCCUGAUGAAAGGUACCCACUUAUUGUGAAGAUUGACCUGAGCCUCUUAUCAAGAAUACCAGGGAAGCCUUACAAGGAUGCUGAUGCACCCAAAGUGGACAAGAAAAACGUGCCAGAGAAGCACAUGAGAGACUCCCAGAAGCAGCCAUCUGACAAAAGCUCUACGAAGGGCAAAAGGAAACACAAGCAGAAUGAGGAUGAAAGCAGAGCCAGUGAAAGCAAGAAAACCAAACUGGAAGAAAAAACUCCAUCAGGACACAAGACUUCCAGCAGCAGGGAGUCUUCAAAGCCAAGUGCUGUUAAAGAGAAGGAUUUACUGCCCUCUCCUGCUGCCCCAGUCCUGCAGAAAGAUUCCAAGCAAGAACAUGGAUCCAGGAAGAGGACAGUCAGUCAGUCAUCAUCCUUAAAGUCCAGCAGCAACCUCAGCAAGGAGAGCAGUGGUGGCAGUAAGAGCAGCUCCUCCUCAAAGCAGAAGAAGACAGAGGGGAAGGGUUCAGGCAGUGCUAAAGAAGCCAAGGAAAAGAUUCUGAACAAUUCCUCAAGCUGCCCUCCUGCCUCUGCUCCCUCUGCAGAAGGUUCAAAGUCAAGGAGAGCAAAACUUGUUUUUGAUGAUAGGACUUACUCAGCUGAUCAUUAUUUGCAAGAAGCAAAGAAGUUAAAACACAAUGCAGAUGCAUUGUCUGACAGGUUUGAGAAGGCUGUGUACUACCUGGAUGCUGUGGUGUCCUUCAUUGAGUGUGGGAAUGCAUUGGAGAAAAAUGCUCAGGAAUCCAAGUCCCCGUUCCCUAUGUAUUCAGAAACUGUGGAAUUAAUCAAAUACACUAUGAAACUGAAGAAUUACUUGGCACCAGAUGCUACAGCUGCAGAUAAAAGGCUGGCAGUGCUUUGUCUUCGGUGUCAAUCUCUGCUCUACCUAAGGCUUUUCAAGCUGAAGAAGGAAAGUGCAUUGAAAUACUCUAAAACUCUGACUGAACAUCUGAAGAAUUCCUAUAAUAAUUCUCAAGCACCGUCACCUGGUAUGGGAAGCAAGCCUGUGGGUAUGCCCUCUCCAGUCUCUCCAAAGCUGUCUCCAGGGAAUUCAGGAAAUUACUCUUCUGGGGCAGCCAACCCUUCAGGGAGUGGGUCUUCGGUGACGAUCCCCCAGAGGAUCCAUCAGAUGGCAGCCAGCUACGUCCAGGUUACAUCCAACUUCCUCUAUGCCACUGAAAUUUGGGACCAAGCUGAACAGCUGUCUAAAGAACAGAAAGAGUUCUUUGCUGAACUGGAUAAAGUGAUGGGCCCUCUGAUUUUUAACUCGAGCAUCAUGGCAGACCUCGUGCGUUACACCCGCCAGGGACUGCAUUGGUUGCGCCUGGACGCCAAGUGAGCUCGGGAGCGGCAGGCGGGGGGCGUUUGUCUGGCUGCCCCUUGAGCUCUCUCCACAACACUGUGUCAUGUCAAUAAGGAAGACUGCCAUAACACAUUGCUUAGUUGACACUAAGAGCAAGGAAUGCUUUCACACCUCUCCCAUCCUCGUUUGUGGUGGUUUUAUUUUUGUCUUUUAACCCUCCCCCCCCCCUCCUCUCCCCGUCAUCUGGUUUAAAAGGACUUCGCUUCAGUAUUCCCGUUUUAAGUUAUUUAAAUAUUUUAAAAUUUGCUACAUAGAAAUAUGUAGUUUUUGCUGAUCUGUCCUGGAUAGAUCAUUGGAAUUCCAGUCAUAAUGCAUAGUCAGUUUUAAAUCCUAUUUAUUUUAAUUUUUUUUUUUUUUUUAAUUUUAAUUCUGAAAAGCCCGGUUUGGGGCAGUUUUUAGCUAUUUCUUCCCAAAAUUUACCCUUUCGAGUACUUAGAAAAAAAAAUUAAACAUAGACACUUUAUUUAAAUACUUUGUGAGCUUUGUUACUCUGUAAUGUCUUGUGGUGGUAGAGCCUGUGAAAGGAAACUAGGGUUGAUAGGUUCUAACGUGUAGGGACACCAUGCUUUUCAUGCCUAAUGAGUCGACUAAUAAUAAAUGACAACUACAGAUUUAUUAUUGCAGAAUUUGUACUAAAUAGAAAAAGUUCCAGAUAUUCUUCUACUUAUUAAGAUGCUUCAUUUAAAUGAAUUAUAAAGAAAUUUAUAUGGAAAAGUAUUUAGCUGGAUCUGGCUUGGAUUGUCCUCCAAGGCAGCCUCCAACCAUGGAAUUAACACUAUAACGAUCACAAAACAUUACAGUGAUUGCAUUUAACCUGAGAGCGAAGUAACGGUGUAGGAAUGAACUUCAGUCUGAUGGCUGUGAUGCAUACAGGAAAAGUUUCUGAAAUGGACAAUCUUUUUUUUUUUUUAAUGUAUCUUCAUUGAAAAUCAUGUUUUGGUUCCUUGCUUGUCAUUUUUUUUUUCUUUUUUCUGACACUUGGGAAAACCCGGUGAGCGUUGCGGUUCAGAACCAACCCAACGAGAGUUUUAAGUUCCUGCCUACCAGAACUGUCAUUUGCAUCUCUUUCCAUCGACUGAAACCCCAGGAAUCUUUAGUAGAAACGGAGAUCCAUGUUUUGUUUUCCUUUUAGGGUCUGAUAGGUGACGGACACUACAGGAUGACAGUGCACCAGCCACCGUGGGGCGGGAGCACGCCCGCGAGUACAGGGAAAUCGCCCGUUUUGAUGCAGAAUGGAGUUAAAACUCGUGUAUUUACCCCGUGUUAAUGAAGGUCCCGUUAACAUUUGAUGGAGCAUAAUACUCACUUGCAAAGGGAGCAGCUUGCUGCAACAGGGAUGGUUUAUGGAGUUGCAGCUGAGCGCUCUCAACCAGAGCAAACCAAAGUACCUUUCCCCAGAAGGUGCUUGUCCGAGUCGAGGUUUCAACCGCUACUGCUUUCAGUAUUGCUUAGUGCCCCUACCAUGUCUGGUGUGCCUUAUGCCUUACUUUUAGAUGAAGAUUUUAUGAACUGUUUACAAGAUGUUUUACAGCAAGGACCAGGGAUACUGUAUGCAGUGGUCUUCUGCAGUACUUGGGUAAAAUUCCAUUUCCUUUUUGCAAAGUCGUAGUGUCUGUCCCGCGGCCUGACUUCUCCUUGCGGUGGUCUCCUUCUGAAGAGUCAAACUCUGAAUCCUUUGGAGUGAGAUGGUGGAAUGCUGCUUUGUUUUUUUUUUUCUCUCUCCCGUUCUGACCCUUGAUUCUGUACCAGAUACGAACGUGCAUGUUCAGGAAAAUGAUUGCACUAAAUUUUUUUGUGUGUGUGUAGUUGUAGUUAAGUGCCAAAAUCACGGCAACCUCGAGAGAAGGAAUCGAAUUCUACGCUACUUAGUACUGCAGUAUGUCCUAUGGGCUUUAAGAGUUUAGAAGUUUUGCAGAAUUAGUAACCUACUAAAAGGUAGCUGCAUAUUCGUAGAGCUUCCUUUGCGUCCCAGCCUCUUUUUGUACUUCCAGAAAAGCUUUGCUACGUACGAGUUGAUCAUGGGUAACAGACCUGGGGCUUUGUUUGCCACGGCAGCCGAGUUCUCGGGUCUGUUGGAGCAUCCUUUUUAUUGAAUCACUGUGCAAGGUCACCUUUCUCUUCCUGUUUGCUGUUGGAGACAGAACUCUGUACCCUCCCACUCCACAUCUUGGUUCAUGGGACACUGUCAACUCUUUUUCCUUUAAUACUCUAAAGUGCCUAGCACACUCGUGACGCUAUAUAAACAACAAGACCUUUGUAGACGUUGCAUUCACAGUUGAUUUGUUGUGUAGCCCUGCACUAGCCAGCAUGGCUGUUUUUUGGCUUGCUCCUCUGUGCACAGUUGCCAUUACUCUUAGCAGGAAUGGUCUCAUCUCUGGGAAUUGCUUUUUUUUUUUCUUUUUUCCUCUCCUUAACUAGAGUCCCACAAAUACCUUUCGGUGUCGCGCUGAAUUGGUCUCUUAAAAAAAAAAAUAAUAAAAUAAAUGUAUCGCCGUCCCUAGAUCUUAAAACCACUGGCUUUGAAUGGCUAGAGGACUUUUUUUUUUUUGCAUUGUGUCAAAAUGUGGACCUGAACUGGUUGGAAGUGUCCCACCUUCAACAGUGUACUUACUUGUAGUCAGAUUUCUUCCAGAGUGCUGUCCCAGGUCUUCUGUCCGUACGGGAGAUGUGCAGUGGUCUUGUUCAUGGAACUGAGAAAUGCCUUAUGCAUCUGUGGCUGUGUCAGACAGGGAACUCCCAGAUUUCCCAAGUCCAGAAGCAUAUCUUCAGUUGGGAUUUACCAUUGCUUCCAAGAGAAAACCUACCUAUUCUGUCAGUUUUCGUAGCUGAAGAAAAAUGCAAUGAUGUUAAGAGGCUUCCAGCCCUCCCCCAGAGCGUGGGGCACGGCCCCAACCCAUCCCUGGCAUUCCCUAGGAGGGAAUCCCCAGCUCCUGCCUCCCUAAAAGGUUCUCUAGAGGAUUGCAUAUUAAAUACAUAUCAAUGCCCUCGUUUUAAUUCCCUCACUGAACACGGUCCCAGUUGGUAAACCUUUAAAAAUGGCUUAAUCAGACUAGGCUUGCUCAGCUUAUCAGCACCAUUUGAAUUGGCUGUCAGACUUGCAGGUUCCUCGGUGAUAAGGUGCAACCCUUUUCUAGAAUUCUGAACAAAAUCUUCAGGACACCAGAGUAAAAACAGCCUGAGAGUUUUUUUUGUUUUGAUUUGAAACUAUUAGCCAUAAAGCAGAGCAUCUGGGUGGCUCUUCUUGGCUUUCGAUGGCAGUAUGCAAUUUGUAUUGUAUGUGUCUUUUAAUAUAUAUGUAUAUAUAUAUAUGAACUCAGUCUGUCCAAAGUAUAUGUUAUACUUGUUUUUAGAUUAUGGUGCAACUGACUAUAUUGAUAUAUUAUUUAUUGAGUGCUGAAUCACCAUCUUAGUGGUGAGAAAUCUUGCAUAUUAUACAGGAGUGCAAUGUAUAUUCCUUUAGAUUGCUGAGGCUUGAUUGCUGUGAUGACAAAAAAGAGGAAAAAAAAUAAAAAUAAUGCCCUGAAAUGUAUUUAUGAAUGGCCCCAACAUCCAGAGAGUCAGAACUUUAUGGAACUAAUGUAGCACUUGCCUGGGGCAAGUAAAAUAAAGCUGUAGGCAGAUAAUGAUGUAGUUUGUGGCAAAGAGCUGGAAAGGAGAGAGAGAGAGAGAUAGAGGCUACCUUUGCUGUUUUGAGGAUUUCAUUGACCUAACAGAUUUUUGCUGUCACUGCAGAGUUUCUACUGAGGCAGAGACAAAAAGGGCCUGAGCAAGUCCAGUUUGAAUUACCCACUGGGGAGCAAACAGCUUCCACAUUCCCAGGUUUCUGACAAGGGUUUUUUUGAUCAGGGUUUAAACGACUCCGGUUGGUGAAUCAGUGUUAGGGCAAACCCCACGUUCCCAAACCAGAGUUCUGGACCCGUUCUCCUGGAAAGGGAAUCCAGAGCCUUUGCUGGCCAACUCGGACAAAUCCAGACCUAGUCCAGGAGACAGAUUUCCCAAGCAGGAAAAUUACCUACACUCAAUCAGGGAAUGCUGAGCUGGGUCCAGCUCCAGGGUUCUGGAGCCACCUCCUCCACCUGCCCGUGUCCAGCUGGCACAGCACAGGGUCACUGGGGUUGGUUUUGCCUGAAAUGCUUCCCCCCUUUCUUAAUUCCCUCUGGCAACAGAGUGGGAGCAUCUCCAUCCUUGUUUUUUCUCUGCAGCCCUGCUGGUUGGUGGGGUGGUUGGGUGCCACAGGAUUCCUGCAGCAGUUCUUUGGGGACAUUACACCUCUUGGAAACUCAACUCUAAAGGACCAGGUGUGAUUUUUUUGCAAGCACAGUUCCUGAGAUUUGUAUCUGGUCCCUUCCCACCCCCCCCUACCAACCCCCUUUUAAAUUGUUUUAAGAAAUUUUGUAUAUGGAGGAUAAAGUGCUUAUAUAUUUAUUAAAAAAAAAAAAAAGUAAAACAAAAAAAAAGAAAUAAUAAUCCUUUAUCUUAUUUGAAAUGAUUAUUUGGUGAAGAAGGGUUUUUUUUUCUUUUGGGGGAGGGCUGGUGGGUGGGGGAAGGUAACUUUAAACCUGUCACUUAUAAACGAAGCCCUUAUUAAUCCUACAGAAAGGUACUGUUAGUAACUGAUGGGAUGUCUCUGUUUUAUGCUUUGUACACGACAAGUCCAUGUGUUACAUUUUGUUUCUAUCAGAAAUAUUUAGGCAUCUGUCUUCAACCAAAACCUAAAGAAAAAAAAUAAGAAAGAAACAAACAAA